CGCACAAACUUAUCUAUAAUAUAUUUUUUCCCCUUCGGCGCAAACCUGAAAUCAUAGUCGUGUAGUUUCUCUCUUAUAAUAUACCACGUAGAUAUGCGAUGAAUAAUUUGGGCCGGUCGACGAAUCACCGGGUUCAAGCUUGGGCGACGAACCCUCUAGAUUCUUGAGGAUUACUCGAUGUUGCGUGGCGCGUGGUGAGAUUUCUACGUCGUAUCAAAUUACUGGUAACAAUGUGGUAACUUUUUGACGACUGCUAUUAAAGGCGGCGUUAAGAGGAGCUUACCGUUAAACGCGCCGAGCACGGUCGUCCUGCUAAUCAAAAGUUAACGUAAAAUGGGUCUUACGACCACCGUGAGCCCUCCGGUUAAGUUCGGGCUGCGCGCUAUCGGGGUUUGGCCGAGAUCUUACAGCAUCUUGUAUCGGACUUUCUGGACGAUCUCCUUGGGCCUCGCUCAAAUAUUCCAGUUCAAAUACAUCGUCACCUGCAUCGAAACUGCCAAUUUCCUCGAUCUGGUGGACAGCGUCAGCACCACGCUGCCUUACACUUUGCUCUGUUUGAAAUUGAUUAUGCUCUGGCAGAAUCAGAGAUUAUUUCACGACAUUUUGACAUCGAUGUCGCGAGAUUGGAGUAACUGUGGCCCCGUUGCCUUCAACGUGCGCACCAUGAUGGAUAAAACGACUCUUUCUCAUCGUUGCUCGAUGCUAAUUAUCGGAGUGUACAUGAUAGCUGUUUUGAUCUACGUCUCUUUCGUAAUGGAAUUUAACAGCAUCAAUAACGGGCCUGACAGAAAAGAGAAUCAGCUCUUUCUUAAGAUGAAAUUCCCUUUCGUUUAUGAAUUAUCUCCUGUUUAUGAAAUCGUCAUGUUUGUUCAGUUUAUACAGUUGUUUUGCAACGCCUCGUUAAUUGGGAUGCUGGACGCGCUGAUCAUAACAUUGAUAUUUCACAUAAGCGGGCAGAUAGAUAUUGUGUGCCGAGGGUUGCUCGAACUCUUCUCAAAAGAUUGCAAAUCUAAAUCGUAUAAGGACGCGAAGGGCGCAGUUAUUCGCAGACAUCAAAAUGUCAUUCAGUUCUCACUCAAUAUCGAGAGUCUUUUCUCUUAUAUUGCGCUAAUGCAGUUUCUUACGAACACGCUUGUCAUAUGUUGCAUAGCAUUCGUGAUAGUGAUUUCUCUCGAAGGUAACCAAGGGUACGUCACGUUAUUGAAGUCCAUGUUCUUUUAUGUCGCUAUCACUUUGGAAGCGUUCAUCUUUUGCUUUGCUGGAGAGUAUCUUAGCAAUAAGAGCAAGUCAGUUGCAAAUGCAGCUUACGAGGCUCUUUGGUACAAUGUGAGACCCAGUGAAAGUCGAAUUUUAUUGAUUUUAAUAUUGAGAUCACAGAAACGAUUGACCUUAACAAUCGGAAAAUUUAAUGAACUGUCUUUGGAAGUUUUUGCAAGUAUUUUGAAAGCUUCUGUCUCUUUCGUAUCGGUGUUGCUUGCAAUGUCUUGAUCAACAAAAAGAUAUCAAUUGCAAGGUCUACAUAAACAUAUACACAUAUUUGCAUAUUACAUAUUCUAUCAUUUUAGAACAUUAUGUGCUACGUAAAUAUUUUAUUGUCUAAUCUCUUGCUCACUUUCGUACGCGUUACACUUAUCUCUUCAUAAAAUUCGAGAACAAGAUGUAAAGACGUAUAUGCUAAAUAUUCUUGCGACUUAAAAAUAUA